AUGUUUAAUUUUAUUUCAGAGUCCAAUGAUGCAAAAUCAACCGAUGUGAGCGCGAUUUCGAAAAACGACAAACAAAUGCACGGCAACAAUUCGAAAAUUAUCCGUACCAUAACGACGUCGGCUCUCAACGAAAACCAAACGACCUCCAGCGGCGCCGAGUUGAACCGCAACAACUUCAUACUACUCAGAAACUCCAAAGGCAAUGAGAGCGGUCAUAUUCUCCUGCGCACUGACGCCUUCGCUCAUGCCAAGAACAACAUCCUGCUGGAGGACACCGAUGGAGGGAAAAUCGGCCAAAUUCUGAUCCAGCAAAGCGAGAUCAAGAAGGGGGUGCUCGUGCAAUCGGUGAAGAGACUCACGUCGCCGAUAUUCCUGCUGAGCGCAGGAGAUAACAGCAACGGGCAUAUCUUGAUACAUACGGCGGCGGCGACUGAGGAUACGAGGCAGCAGACGGUGGAAAUCGAAGAUGGUAGCGAAAAUAUUUUGGUGCAGGCUCUAGAGGGUAUCCAGGAUGGCGAUUCGACCAGCAGCAGGGGAUUAUCGACGCCUAUCGGUUCAGCGAACACAGUGGCGGGAUACAGGCAGCACCACAAUGGUGGGCACGGUCACCACGUGCUCUACCAUCAUGGCGCCGUCCUCGGUUACCAGGGCAGACACGUCCAGAACACCCACCACCACAUCGCCAACCUGCCCGCUCUUUCCUCCGUUCCGCUAAAUGCAAACGGGGAGCCGAUCAAGCUGCCCGAAAACUUGGAAAGUUUGCCACGAUCUGACCACUUUCCCACGCAGCGCCAUCGCUGGAAUACGAAUGAGGAAAUCGCCGCCAUCCUUAUCAGCUUCGAUCGGCACUCGGAAUGGCAAAGCAAGGAGGUCAAGAUCAGACCGAAAAGCGGAUCGAUGUUGUUGUACAGCAGGAAGAAAGUACGCUACCGCAGAGACGGUUACUGCUGGAAAAAAAGGAAAGACGGAAAAACUACGAGAGAAGAUCACAUGAAAUUAAAAGUUCAAGGAACCGAGUGCAUCUACGGCUGUUAUGUUCACUCCGCUAUUCUACCUACUUUCCAUCGAAGAUGCUACUGGCUACUACAGAACCCCGACAUCGUUCUUGUUCACUAUUUGAACGUCCCCUAUCCAGACGAUAACAAAUUAGCCGUCAUAACCCCGAGUCUGGCGCUAUGGGCCGACAAAAAAGAAUGGACGAAGGAGGAACUCGUUUCGCAACUAAAACCGAUGUUUUUCAGCGAAGACGAGCCGGACAUUAACAACGAAUUAGAGAUAUCGAAUUUUAAAUUGCAGACUGCCGAAACGGUCGAGGCCAUUGUCAGUCAAUUAAUGGAAAAACAGCGAGUAGCCAGACAAGCGGCUUUGGUCAAGCAAUUAGAAUGCGGCUGUCCGGAUUCGACGUGCGCCGAUGGAAAGAGCUGUUCUCAUCCCAUGAGAAGAAUAACCGCGGCCAAGGAGGUGGCCAAUUCGCCAUUGCCAAGCGUCAGUUCCAAUUCCAGACCGCCGAGCAAUUCGGACAACAAUAAUCAAGUUUCUUCCACUACGGGGUCGGGUUCCAUGAUAUUAGGCAACGGGAGUUCGCCCAGAGUUUAUUCCAGAGAUUCGCGAAAUCAACAGGCCACCGCGAACAACAUUAAUUGCUCGUCGAGUUCGGAUAAUACGCCGCCGUUGGUUUUGAGUCUUUCUCAAAUACAAGGCGGUGGUGGAUUGUUGAUACUGAACAGUAAUUCGGGUAACGGAGGCGGUGCCCAUCAGAACCUGGUGAAUCCAGUGUCCGUGGCUAAUUUCGUAUGCAACACGAACAACGUAAUUCCCAAAGAGAAAACUAGUCAUUUAGUACUUAAACAAGAAGUGAUGGAUACGAAUCCGUCGUCAUGCUUGCAUUCCUCUAAGCAAAACUCGAAGGCCGGUCAGAGAGACAUGAAAAUGGAACUGAGCGAAAACCAUAGACAAUCAGUUUUUCAUGAUAAUUCCAUUUAUAAUAAUAGGAAUCAUCACCAUCAGCAAACCGAAGUCAUUAUGUCUAGUGCUCCGUCGACUCCUUCAAAGCACAUGGAUACCACACAGGAAGAAAUCGUCGAGGAUUUCAAACAUCAAAAUUUCUGCAACGAAACCGUGGUACUUUUAGGAACCGAUUCCAGCGGAUCAUUAGUUAGCAAAAGCGAUGGUUCUUCCAUUAUAAACGGUGGCUUCUUCAAUGAAACCUUGGAUUUAUCACAAGAGGACAUUCAAAGAACGUUAUCAGCAAACAUGCCUUUGUGUUCAAAUGAAUUAAAUAAUCAAAACAACGCCCAAGAGGCCAACAACGCGAACAUCCACAACCGUCAGCACCACCACCACCACCACCAAAACAAGGCCCAACAACAGCCGCAGCUGCCCGCCGAGAUCAACCCCAUGGACUUCAUCGACGGUUGCGACGUCGUGGUGUCGCCGACGCACGUCGUCGACGACGACGUCUUCGUCAACUUGGACGCGUUCGACAUGCUCGGCGAAUUCCCCGAUCUGGAAGGUUUAGAUUCUGGUCAUGCUGGACUCCUAGAUGUUAAUCCGUCCGAAACUAGAAAUAAUACGAAAGCACAACCAGAACACGAACACAACAACCAUCCGAUGGAAGGGUCGGCGAAGAUCACCGACUACUCGCCCGAAUGGGCCUAUCCCGAAGGAGGCGUCAAAGUGCUCGUCACAGGUCCUUGGCAUUCUUCCGGGCCGUAUACUGUACUAUUUGAUACAUUCCCCGUACCUACGACUCUUGUACAAAGCGGUGUACUGCGUUGUUAUUGUCCAGCUCACGAGGCCGGUCUGGCGACGCUGCAAGUAGCGUGCGAUGGUUAUGUGAUUUCCAACUCUGUGAUAUUCGAGUACAAGUUACCGCCUAGAGAAGAACACGUUGCCGCGCCUGAACCGAAAGUAGAAAGGUGCAAUGACAAUUUACUUAAGUUCACGUUGCUCCAAAGACUCGAGGCCAUGGACGAUCGUUUGCAAAUCAAGCAGGAACCCGUCGACAACGAUGUGGUUGAGGAUACGGCCUUGUUUGGACAGUCGAAUUUUGAGGAUCGCUUGGUGAGCUUCUGCCAGAACAUGACCUGUAGAAUCUGGCGGCACGGCGAGGAGUUGAGCGUGUCUUGGUUCGCCAGCCACCGGGGCAUGACGCUUUUGCAUCUCGCAGCUUCGCUGGGCUAUUCGCGUUUAGUCUGCGCCAUGUUGCAUUGGCGCGCGGAGAAUUCUUCUCUGCUGCUGGAAACCGAAGUCGACGCACUUAGUCUCGACGAAGACGGCUACACGCCUCUGAUGUGGGCGUGCGCCAGAGGUCACAUCGAAACGGCGGUGAUGCUUUACAAGUGGAACCACAACGCUUUGUACAUGAAAAACAACUCGAAUCAAACGGCUUUGGACUGCGCCAGGGCGAACAAUCACGUGGACCUCGUCAAAGAGAUCGAAAAGCUGGAAUUGAGAAGAGACAAAGCCAAUAUGAUGUUACAGUCCAAUCAGUCUUCGUCCGAAACGGCUCUAUCGCCCACGAUUAUAUCUCCUGCUAGUUCGAUUGGCUCCUUGGUGUCUAUUGCUUCGACUAGCAAAAACGAUGUCAACAAGUACAAGAUCUUAAACGUGGAUCUCGAUUCCGAUAUGAGCAACAAACUGAUCACGUCGGCUCCAAGUCCGUUGCUGUCGGAUUUUUCGUCGAGCACCAGAGGUAGUAACGGUCAAAAGUUGGUGAAAAGGCCUUCCAUCGACAGCGGAAUUAAUAUGAGUUUCGGUCCAGCUUCGGAGAGCUACAGGCCUAAGAGUUCCAAAGUCUGGAACAACCGCGACAUUCCAAAACUUUCAAAAUCUGACCGAAGCAUGUCUCUACCUCUGCAGACCUCAUGCUUAAAGGACAAUUCCUACGACAACGAAAACAUGGAAUCCCAUAAAAAGAUGGAUUUUGCGUUGUGCGAGAUAGGGAGUGGUCCCCGAAGCAGUAGCCCUCUGAUAGACGUAGAAGGUGUCUCGGAUGACGAAAAUGAGCUACCCAACAGUACUGUAGGGGAGCAAGAUGCCAGAGUAUUAACACUGGCGGAACAAAUUAUUGCUGCUAUGCCUGAAAGAAUAAAGAACGAAAGCGAGGAAAUGAUGAUGGACAAAAGUCCCUGCGCAUCAGACAUCCAAACCACCGAUUCACUAACUGAUGUGUUCAUGGAACCUUUGUUGGAUCAGACAUCGUCGAGUUUCGAAUCGACAGAAUUCCAUUUCGAAUUCUCCGAUCACAACUACAGAUACUACGAUGUCAGCACUCCUUGCUCGAGUCUAAGCCCAGCCUCUUCCAGUUGUUUACAGUCACCUUGCUCCUUCACACUAGAUUCUCCGUCUCCUCCUCCAACCACAGCCGAUUUCUGCGAGUUCUUCAAAGCCUCCGGCACCGUUUUCGAAAAGGACUUUUCCAAUCUCACCCUAUCAGACCGCGAGCAACGAGAGCUCUACGAAGCCGCGAAAAUCAUCCAGAAAGCCUACCGCUCGUACAAGGGCCGCCAGCAGCAGGAGCAGAACAAAGAGAGGGCGGCCGCCGUCGUCAUCCAGAACUACUACAGGCGCUACAAGCAGUACGCCUACUACAAGCAGAUGACGCACGCCGCCAUGGUCAUCCAGAACGGCUACCGGUCGUACUGCGAGCACAAAAGGUUUAAGAAAAGCCAGGAGGCCGCCGUGUGCAUUCAAAACUAUUACCGAAAUUACAAGGAGCAGGGGGGUAGGAGUAGUAGAGAGGGCACGCCCGCUCAGGCCGGGCUGAAACGUACCUACUCGCAAAGAAGACAACACCAAGCUGCUAGGAAGAUCCAGCAGUUUAUGAGGCAAUCCAAGAACAAAUUACAGAGAGAACGAGCCGAAAGAGAGAGGCAGGGGGGCCAGUCAGUGGAUGCCCAUCAAAAGUCACAGUGUCCAGGGGGCUCCUCCAGUUACAUAGGCCCAAAUAGCAGAUUAAAUAAUACAGACUUCAAAGAAGACUCAAGAAAAAGCAACGAUAAGAAGUGAGGAACUAAUAAAAAAUCGCGUGUACCUAAUGUUUAAAAUAUGCCGUACAGGUGCGUUAUUUUUGAUUUUGUAUAAUAUAGUCGCUACUGGAUAGCAUCUAGUACUUAUAUUUACUCCGAAAUAUUCUUAUAUCUUUACAAUUGUCUAAUUUGGCUGUUAUUUCGUCAUUUUUAUGCAUUUAUACAAGAAUGCAAGGAUCGACAACAAAAGUGAGAUGAAUUUUAGACCUUGUACGAACUUUUUAUUAUAAUUAUAUUUAUCUUCUGAUUGUAUGGAUUCAAAGCUGUGAUUGUAGUAAGGAAAACACUUUUUCUUUUAGCAUAAAUCGAAUUUUUCGAAUCGAUUUAAAAAUUUUUAUUUUCCCUUCCUUACGAACUUGUAAUCGAUGAGUGUUGAAUUUAUUAAUUCAUCAAUUACAUUCUCCAUUAGGAAUGUUGCUUAUUUGUAAUAAUUUUUUGAUAAUUUUAAUGUUUACUUACAUCCAUUAAAUGUGUAAUGAUGGUGUUAAGAACUCGUCUAUUUUAAACUUAAAGUAAAUGUUGUUAAAAUUAAUAUUAAUUGUGUUACGUAUUAAGGAAAAGUGUUUGCCGUAGUAAAAAGUUCUAGUCCUAGUAUACUUAAAACAAUAUUCUUAAAAACAUCACAUUUUACGAAAUACGGAUCGGUUAAGCUUCGUUUUUAGUUGCAUAUGCAGUUUGUCUCAAGUUCAAGGUGCAUAUUAAAUGUAAACAUGCAUCUUGAAAAUUUUGCGAUACCGCUAUACAAAAAUUAAGAAGUUACCAUUGUUGUUUGUUGAUUAAUUUCGUUAGAAUUUUUCCGAUAAUUGUGUUUUUUCGUCGACUAUUCACUGCCAUCGUAGUCGAGGUUUUUGAAUUAUCAAUUUAGCAGUAUAUUCAAUACCACUUUCGCCGGAAAUAGUAUUUUUUCCAAAAAAACAUAUACCAACGUUUUUCAUAAUAAUUUUUCUAUUUCUAAGUAAACAGUUUCUUAAUAUGUUUUAAUCCUUUUCCCCCAAGUUUUUUUUUACCAUUUUGUGCCACUUGUACUUAAUUUUAUGUAGCAAGACUGUUAAGUAAUACAUUUAAUUGAAUUCUUAUGAUGAAAAUGUUUGGUAACUUUAAGAAAAAUAUUAUGAAAAACUAAAUAGAAUAACGCUAGAGCUCGACCUUUUUAACUAACUUAAAAGUUCGCUCAUACAUAUCAUUUUAGAAUAAUACUACCUAAAUUUACUUAAUCGUAAUCGUAAUUUACUUACCUGCUGUAAAGUGAACGAAGAUUUAAUAGUAGUCUUGUACAUAAAAUAUAAUUUUGUUUCCAUAUAAAUAUAUAAAUAUUGUCUAAAUACAUAGGGGGUUCGUUGGUGCUCAAUAAAAAGUGUAUUUUGCACAAAGUUAACUAUUUUCGUUCUUAAAAAUUUCGUCAAUUACGAGGGAAAGUUAUUUGGGUUAUCUUAUCUGUAAAAAAUAAAUCGAGUACCUGCAGGCAGGAUAAUUUUCGUAAUAUAAAUAAGUUGUGAAUAUUCCCUCCUUUGUAAAUAGUCGUUGUUUGUUUUUUGAAAUUUUAUUCUUUAAAAACAUAUAAAUAUAUAUUAUAUAUACAUAAAAAAAUAGAGCUCUUAUAUAUGAAAUGCAGUACUUAUGUAAAAGUAUUGUGUAAAAUUAAUGUUGAUAUUUAUAAAUGAAAAAAAAGCUUGAACACUUUUAAUCUCUCAAACAGCAUUCCUAGAGAAAUUAUUGAUUAAAAUUUAAAAUUGUAGAUCCGCAUUUUUCGAAUUCAGCUAGUGAAUAAUAGAAAAAUAUAUUAUAACAUAUUUUUUAAUGAUUCCCAAACAACAUUAAUUUGUUUUUAAUAAUUAUUUUUCGUCAUUUUGCACUUACCUUAAUUAUAAAUUCGUU